UCAGCUGACAGUGAGAUCAGCAUAAAGCCUCAUCACACGACCCGGGCGAGUCACUGCAGCAUAAACACCGCCAUCCGACACAGACACGACUCAAAACACGACACUGCGGGAAGAAAGAAGCCUUUACUGAAGUCAUGAUGCUCCUCACGCUGCUUUUUAUCUCCACGGCUGUGGCGAGUCCCCUGUUGGGUACAGAGCAGUGUGCCCGUGGUCCCCCCUACUGGUGCCAGAAUGUCAAGACUGCUUCCCUUUGUGGUGCCGUCCAACACUGCCAACAGAACGUGUGGAGUAAGCCUCAGAUGAAAUCUGUGCCAUGUGAUCUGUGCAAAGAGGUGUUGGUGGUGGUGGAGCAGCUUUUGAAGGACAAUGCCACAGAGAGCGAACUCCUCGGAUACAUGGAGAAGGCCUGUCAGCUGAUUCCUGAUGAGGGCAUGGCAGACCAGUGCAAGGAGAUUGUGGACAGUUAUUUCCCCAUUCUCAUGGGCAUCAUCCAAGGAGAGCUGGAUGACCCCGGUGUAGUGUGCGGUGCUCUGGGCCUGUGUGUGUCCCAGCAGGAAGCUCUGGCUAAAGCUCAGCUCAUGUCCAAUGAGAUCCCUAAAGUGGACCUGAACCAGCGUGUCAGCCCCUUCCUGCUCAACAUCCCUCAGCUGCUCUACCCCCAAGAGAAAACCACUAAGGAAACCCCCAAACAGACGGGUAAAGAUGUGUGCCAGGACUGCGUUACUUUCAUUUCUGACACUCAGGAGGAAGCCAAAGCCAAUUCCUCAUUUAUCAACACUCUGCUUGCACAGGUGGAGAGCCAGUGUGAGCUUCUGGGACCUGGCAUGUCUGAUAUGUGCAAGCAGUACAUCAGCCAGUAUGGACCACUGGUCUUUCAACAGCUUAUGUCUAUGCAACCCAAGGACAUCUGCUAUCGUGCUGGGUUCUGCGCCUCUAAGUCUGUGCGCAUGGAGAAGCUGAUGCCUGCCAAAUCAAUCCCUGCUAAAUCGAUCCCUGCUGUCAAGAUGUUCCCUGCAACCAAACUUGAAAAGCCUGCCGAAACCAAGCCUGCUAAGAAUCUGGUGAGAGUACGUGACACUCCUCAGUGUGCCAUCUGUGAGUUUGUGUUGAAGGAAAUUGAGGGCUUGAUUGAGGAUCACGCAUCUGAGGAAGAGAUUGUGCAGGCUGUUGAAAAAGUCUGCAACAUUUUGCCAUCCACACUCACAGCUCAGUGCAAGGACCUGAUUGAGACCUACGGGCAGGCUAUCAUUGAACUGCUUGUGCAGGAGGCCGAUCCCAAAACCAUCUGCUCUUUCCUCGCACUCUGCAGUGGGGUCAGCCACAUUCCUGUAAUGGACAAGCAACAGUUUGAGGCAGGUGGCUUCUGUGACGUGUGUAAGAUGGCAGUGCGUUAUGUGGACGGGAUCCUGGAGCAGAACGCCACCCAGGCGGAGAUCGAGGACGCCGUGUUGAAGGUCUGCAACUUCCUGCCUGAUGCUGUUAGAGAUGAGUGUAACCAGCUCAUUGAACAGUAUGAGCCUUUGCUGGUACAGCUGCUGCUACAGACGCUCGACCCAGACUUUAUCUGCAUGAAGCUGGGAGCAUGUCCUGAGGCAGUGCAGAAGCUGCUGGGAUUGGAGCAGUGUAGCUGGGGACCAGCAUACUGGUGUAAGAACGUGGAGACCGCUUCUCGCUGUAACGCCUUGGAUCACUGCAGGCGUCACGUAUGGAGCUAAAGAAUGAGAAGAGUUUCACAACAAUCUUAGGAAACUAAAGGAGAAUUGCUGUAGAGCUGCUUUUCUGUUUUGAAAUCAAUACUUGGGUUUUCUUUUAAAAGUGACAUUUGAAAUUGAACAGUCACUGCUAAUUUAACAGCCUUGUUUUCAGGGGAAAGAAAGCUUUUACUGAAAGGACUUGUGUUUUAAGGGGGCAGGGGUUUGGAGGGAGGUAUGAAUGGCAGGUGUAGAUAUGGAAUUUACUGGAAUUUAAGCUUUUUUUGUGCGUUAAUUUGGCCAUUUAUGUUUUUAAAGUAAUGUUCUUUUAGUUGUUUCUGCAAAGAUGCACAUAACAUGAGUUUAUAUGGAAAUGGAUUGUGCCUUUAUCAGAAGAGGGGGUUUGAGACCUCUGAGAAUGAAGAUGAAAUGCUUUAGAUGCUCUAAUAUCCCUGCCUCCCUCUUUAACUGCUAAUGCACCUGCAAGGCCAGUGAUUUAAGCCUUUUUUUAAUGGGUGGCAUUUUUUUGGUCCUAAUGGAAGUAAAUUCUCUUUAACUGUCUAUUAAUGUGCUGAAGGGAAGUGAUGUUGACUUUCUUCAUUUGAUCCCACUAACUGUUGCCCCUCACUGAUUAUUCUGUCACUGCUUCCUAAAUGUCAGAUUUUAUCCCUGUGCUUCACACUGUUCAGACUGAGCCUUUUGUUUUUUUAAAAAUUAUAAUAAAACCAACUUCAACCCCA